CACAAAUUUCAAAUUUGUUUAAAUUUGUAAAUUUGUGAUAAUUAAAUUUCAGAUAUUAUGAAUAAUCAGGGGAUACAAGAACCACCGAAUGCCCAGAGAAAUCAAGAACAACAAGAAGCUGCUUCUUCAUCUGCUGCUACUUCAUCUGCUUCUACUUCAUCUGCUGCUACUUCAUCUGCUUCUACUUUUGAGAUAGAAGAAGAAGAAUCUUGGGGGAUUGAAGAAUACAUUGAAGACGAGCCCUCGAAAGCAAAAAAGAGGAAAUGUAACGAAACACGUAAAGCUUGGACAUCAGAGGAAGAACAAGAACUUCUACAAUUAUUCCAAGUUAAUUUUUCAUCGAAGAAGAAUCCAGGCAUGAAGGAAUGCAACUCUGCGAUUAGUAGGAGCAGGAAGCAACAUGGUUUUAUACAUAAGAGAAACUGGGAGACCAUAAAGAAAAAAGUGAUGAGGAUGUUUAAGAGCUCAAAGUGACAUUUUUUGUAAAUCCAGUCGCCAAUUAUGAUAUUUUGGCGCCUUGUCAUUAUCCAUGGAUUAUUUUUUGCCUUUUAUUGAUGACUUAUAACAUAAUGUAGAAUAGUUGUUGAACCUCAUUAUCCAUGGAUUAAUAAUACAACAUUAUCCAAGGAUUUUUGGUACCUCAUUAUCCAUGGAUUAUUUUUUGCCUUUUAUUGAUGACUUAUAACAUAAUGUAGAAUAGUUGUCGAACCUCAUUAUCCAUUGAUUAAUAAUACCACAUUAUCCAAGGAUUUUUGGUACCUCAUUAUCCAUGGAUUAUUGUUUGCCUUUUAUUGAUGACUUAUAACAUAUUGUAGAAUAGUUGUCGAACCACAUUAUCCAUGGAUUAUUAGUACCACAUUGUCUAUGGAUUAUCAAUACCACAUUAUCCAUGGAUUAUUAGUACCACAUUGUCCAUGGAUUAUCAAUACCACAUUAUCCAUGGAUUAUUGUUGGACUAUUAUUUGUGACUUUUAACAUAUGGUAGAAUAGUUAUCCAACCACAUUAUCCAUGGAUUAUUAGUACCACAUUAUCCAUGGAUUAUCAAUACCACAUUGUCCAUGGAUUAUUAACACCACAUUAUCCAAGAAUUUUUGGUACCUCAUUAUUCAUGGAUUAUUGUUCGGCUUUUAUUGAUGACUUUUAACAUAUUGUAGAAUAGUUGUCGAACCACAUUAUCCAUGGAUUAUUUGUACCACAUUGUCCAUGGAUUAUCAAUACCACAUUAUCCAUGGAUUAUUGUUUGGACUAUUAUUUGACUUUUAAUAUAUUGUAGAAUAGUUGUCUAACCACAUUAUCCAUGGAUUAUCAAUACCACAUUAUCCAUGGAUUAUUAGUACCACAUUGUCCAUGGAUUAUCAAUACCACAUUAUCCAUGGAUUAUUGUUGGACUAUUAUUUGUGACUUAUAACAUAAUGUAGAAUAGUUGUCGAACCACAUUAUCCAUGGAUUAAUAAUACCACAUUAUCCAAGGAUUUUUGGUACCUCAUUAUCCAUGGAUUAUUGUUUGGCUUUUAUUGAUGACUUUUAACAUAUUGUAGAAUAGUUGUCGAACCACAUUAUCCAUGGAUUAUUAGUACCACAUUAUCCAUGGAUUGACAAUACCACAUUAUCCAAGGAUUUUUGGAAAAACAUCCAUGGAUUUUUGGUACCACAUUAUCCAUGGAUUAUUGUUUGGACUUUUAUUUGUGACUUUUAACAUAUUGUAGAGUAGUUAUCCAACCACAUUAUCCAUGGAUUAUUAGUACCACAUUAUCCAUGGAUUAUCAAUACCACAUUGUCCAUGGAUUAUUAACACCACAUUAUCCAAGAAUUUUUGGUACCUCAUUAUUCAUGGAUUAUUGUUCGGCUUUUAUUGAUGACUUUUAACAUAUUGUAGAAUAGUUGUCGAACCACAUUAUCCAUGGAUUAUUUGUACCACAUUGUCCAUGGAUUAUCAAUACCACAUUAUCCAUGGAUUAUUGUUUGGACUAUUAUUUGACUUUUAACAUAUUGUAGAAUAGUUGUCGAACCACAUUACCCAUGGAUUAUUUGUACCACAUCGUCCAUGGAUUAUCAAUACCACAUUAUCCAUGGAUUAUUGUUUGGACUAUUAUCUGACUUUUAACAUAUUGUAGAAUAGUUGUCGAAACACAUUAUCCAUGGAUUAUUAGUACCACAUUAUCCAUGGAUUAUCAAUACCACAUUAUCCAUU